AUGGAGAAGAAAGGGAGUGUGCUGAUGCUCCGUUACGAGGUCGGCAAGUUGCUUGGCCAGGGUACCUUUGCAAAGGUCUACCAUGCCAGGAAUCUCCAAAAUGGUGACAGUGUAGCUGUCAAGGUCAUCGACAAGGAAAGAGUCCUCAAAGUUGGCAUGACCGAGCAGAUCAAGCGAGAGAUCUCUGUCAUGCGGCUCUUGCGCCACCCCAACAUUGUCGAGCUCCAUGAGGUCAUGGCCACCAAAUCUAAAAUCUACUUUGUCAUGGAGCACGUCAAGGGCGGUGAGCUUUUCGACAAGGUCUCCUCUGGCAAGCUCAGAGAGGGCGUCGCCAGGAAGUACUUCCAACAGCUUGUGAUCGCCGUUGACUACUGUCACAGCCGUGGAGUCUGCCACAGGGACCUCAAGCCUGAGAACCUCUUGCUGGACGAGCAAGGCAACCUAAAGGUCUCUGAUUUUGGUCUCAGCGCUCUCGCCGACUCUACAAGGCAAGAUGGGUUGCUGCACACCACGUGUGGGACCCCUGCGUAUGUCGCACCGGAGGUGAUAAGCAGGAGAGGGUAUGAUGGUUUCAAAGCCGAUGUGUGGUCUUGUGGAGUCAUCCUGUUCGUCUUGCUCGCUGGUUAUCUCCCUUUCCGUGAUUCCAACCUGAUGGAGCUCUACAAGAAGAUUGGCAAAGCCGAGUUCAAGUUCCCAAACUGGCUUGCUCCUGGGGCCAAGAGAUUGCUCAAGAGGAUCUUGGAUCCUAACCCAAACACCAGGAUAUCCACUCACAAGAUUAUGCAGAGCUCCUGGUUCCGGAAAGGCCUUGAAGAGGAAAAGGACUCGCUUGACGCAGAGACAGACGCGGACGCUGAGGAAGCAGACUCAACUGCAGAGAAGGAGAAGAAACGGUGUAUCAACCUGAACGCGUUUGAGAUCAUAUCACUGUCGACGGGGUUUGACCUGUCGGGACUGUUCGAGAAAGGAGAAGAGAAAGAGGAAAUGAGGUUUACGUCCAACAGAGAGGCAUCUGAGAUAACGGAGAAGCUGGUGGAGAUUGGCAAGGAGCUCAAGAUGAAAGUGAGGAGCAAGGAACAGGGAUGGAGGGUGCUGAUGGAAGCUAGAAAAGCGGCUGAUGUUGUGGUGGUCGAAGCGGAGGUCUUUGAGAUUGCGCCCAGCCUUCACAUGGUGGUCAUGAAGAAGGGCGGUGGAGAUACGGCCGAGUAUAAGAGAGUGCUCAAGGAGGGUAUAAGGCCGGCUCUGACGGACAUUGUUUUGGCUUGGCACUGA